CCGUCGAUCACGAUAUUUAUCCGUCAACAUCGGCUCGUUUACUCGUCGUUACCGACGAGUAACGCGUCAGCGCACGAUGCGGUGCGUCCACGUUACGCUCGCCCCGACAUAAAUAGCGUUCUUCUAGUACACGAGACCUAGUUUCUCGGUCUAGUGGGGUACCCGAAGAACGAAAAAGGAAAAAUAUCUCCGCUGCGCUUCGCGUAGCACGGUGCAGUCCGCUCGCCGGACGAACGCGAGUACAACGCGCGUUGCAUCGUGCGUCGAAUCUGAGGAAAAAGUCCGCUCGGCUGAAAGUCCCCGAAGUUUCCAUCGCGUCCGGCCGGUCAGUGACAUGUUGUUCGUUUUGUUCGAGUAAUUCCGACGAGAUCGUCGGAGACGUCGUUGUCGCUCGCGUGACGUCACGAUAGCAGUCGAUAACAGUGUGAGAACGGCGCGUUGCGACGCCGCGUAUAUCUCCACCGACCGAUCGUAAACAGUAACGAGAGACAUGGUCGGGACGAAAUUGUUCGUUUGCAAUAUUAUCGUCUGGCUGGUGGCGGCGUCGAAGAUGUUCGCUCGAGCCGAGGAGAGACAAAACGGCUCGCUGACUCGCCUGAACGAGACUCAGGGCUUGAACGUGUUCCCAGGGAUCAAGUUCUCCUCGACGGACGGCGAAGUCAUCGUGCGCGUGAGGAUGCGCGAUUUACUACAAGAGACGGAAGUGCAGGCUCGCGAGCGAAAGGAAAGAAAGAGCAUCCUGCAACGAAUUGGAUAUAUGAUGAUGAUGACACCGUUCGUCAUGCAGGUGCUCUCUCUGCCGGGCGCCAUUGCGUCCAUCAAGACGUCACUGCUGAGGAGCCUCAUGGUCGCUCAAUUAGCGAUCGCGAUGAUGAUCUACAAUUUGAUCAAGAACGCAGAGAACUCGAACGUGGUGGUGGUGCACCAGCCGCAGCAGCAUCACGCGCAUUAUUAUCACAGUUAUCAUCCCGACGACGAGGACGAGUGGUUCGGCAGAUGAGACGCGACCGAGAAGAGGAAGCGAGGGUAUCUUCGAUACAGUCUGAGGAUGCGAAAGACGAGAGCGGCCGGUUGACGGCUUAGACUUUCCAAAGCGACGCGCUCGUUAGCGUAUGAGGGACACCUGUGAUAUAGAAAACGUCGUGAUGAGAUGCAAAAUUACAUUGUCCAAUUGUUUAUGUACAUAUAUACAUAUA